GCCCCCGGGGGAGGGCGGCCGGGCGGGGACCCGCCUGCCGCCGGCCGCUCCUCAUUCCCGGUUACCAGGAAGCUCUCGAGCCUCGCUGACUGCCGCCGGGCGUCGGUCCGGGCUACUAGCAGAAGAUGGUGGAUCGAUUGGCAAACAGUGAAGCAAAUACCAGACGUAUAAGUAUAGUGGAAAACUGUUUUGGAGCAGCCGGACAACCCUUGACUAUUCCUGGACGAGUUCUUAUUGGAGAAGGAGUAUUGACUAAGUUGUGUAGAAAGAAGCCAAAAGCAAGGCAGUUUUUUCUAUUUAAUGAUAUUCUUGUCUAUGGCAAUAUUGUCAUUCAGAAGAAAAAAUAUAACAAGCAGCAUAUAAUCCCCCUGGAGAAUGUCACUAUUGAUUCCAUCAAGGAUGAGGGGGACCUACGGAAUGGAUGGCUUAUCAAGACACCAACUAAAUCAUUUGCUGUUUAUGCUGCCACAGCUACUGAAAAAUCAGAAUGGAUGAAUCACAUAAAUAAGUGUGUUACUGAUUUACUCUCCAAAAGUGGGAAGACUCCCAGUAAUGAACAUGCUGCUGUCUGGGUACCUGACUCUGAGGCAACUGUGUGUAUGCGUUGUCAGAAAGCAAAAUUUACUCCUGUUAAUCGUCGUCAUCACUGCCGCAAAUGUGGCUUUGUUGUGUGUGGGCCCUGCUCUGAAAAGCGAUUUCUUCUACCUAGCCAGUCUUCUAAGCCUGUGCGGAUUUGUGAUUUCUGCUUUGAUUUGCUUUCUUCUGGGGACUUGGCUACAUGUCAGCCUACUAGAUCAGACUCUUACAGCCGAUCACCUAAGUCCCCUUUGAAUAAUGUAUCUGAUGAUGAAGAUGAUGAAGAUAGUAGUGACUAAAGAUAUAAAAGUAUUUUCAGAAACAGAAUUGAGUGUGAUCAGAGAUAUCUGCUUUGGAGGAGAUUUAUUAUCGUGGCCUCCAAAAAUUUCAUUCUAGCCAUAAAUUUACCUGAGAAACUUCCAACCUAUGUGCCUCAGUAUAUUUUAUAGAGUAUGGUUUCACUCUUCUGCAGGGAUAGACUAUUGCAAAUGUAUCACAUAAUUUUCCACCUUCUUAUACUUGAGUUUUUCUAAACUAUCCUUUUCAUAUAAGGUUGGAAAAAUUCAGUUAGAGCUUUUUAAAAAAUUAAUAGAUCAUAUGCUACAUUGAUAUUUUCAUCAUUUCUGUAUUUUGUUAUAAAAGAAAAUUAAAGCAUCAUAAAAUUAUGGAAAACUGAAUGUACUUUUGGAUUAAUAAGUUAUUUGCAUAAGAUUAGUAGUUUUUCUAACCAUAAGUGAUUAAGAGCCCUAACAAACAUAGGUGUCAUUUAUUUGGCACGAUUUUUGUUUUGCUUUUGAUUUUGUAUGCCAUGUAGUGCCUUGAAUUGAUAGCACAGUUACAGGAAAUAAGCCCUUAUGUUCUCACUUUGUCAAUUGUUAUAAACAAGAGAAAAACCCAUUGGUGCUAUUUGAAAUAAAUAUGAUAAAAUUAGUGCUUAAGAAAGGAAGUCCUAACCAUGGUUACCAAUUUGGAGGUAGUCAUUUCUACGUGGGCAUGUUUUUCCUACAAAAUAGUUGAGUGAUUAUAUUCUUACAUUUUUAUAGGUACCAAGUUGUAUUUACACAAGCUAGAAUUUUACAUUAGUAAGGCUGUCAUGUUUAAGAAUUUACUUUACAAUUUAUCAAGUUUGCUUUGAGCCUUUUCAAUACUGUUGGUCUCUAAUUUUAGUAAGAAUAAUUUUAAAAUGUAAAUUGAAUGGCUUUAAAGUUGAAGCUAAAGUGAAAAAUUUUCAUCUAAUACCCUCAAAAAUAAGCAGUCUCUUCUAACAUUUAGUGGCAAAUGAAUGAAAAGUACCAUGUUAAAAAUGGAAAAGAAACUUAGGUCUGAAAAAUUGGAAUUAAAUAAUUUGCAUAAAUGAUCAGUGCAGAAAAUAUCUUUAAUAUACUUAAAUUUGAACAGAUUUCUGUCUUUAGAAGUUUUUUGGCCCAGCAGAAAAUAAACCUUAAACUUAAAAUUAAUAGUAUACUAGGUUUUGUAAAGUCCAAAAGUAUAUUUCUAUUUUUGUAAAAUGAUAGUAUGUUUAAUUUGUUUCUGAUGACUUUUUUGAAAUCCAUGAAAAUAGAGUAGUAUAUGAUCUUUCAAAAUUGUGAGCUUUGCCCAGUGUAGGUUAUUUUUGAGAAGUGACCAUUUCUGUACUGUUUGCAAACUUUGAGGUAACCAUUAGGUCAAAAAUAUAUUUAUUGAAUAAACCUGUUUGUGUAUUGCACUAGUUUUCCUAUUUGUAUGCUGGAGAUAACUAUAGUGGUUUUUUGUGUAUAAAAAUAAUCAGUUUAAAGUGUAUUAACUAUAAUUCUGGACUCUUCUGUUUUAUCUUAAAAUUUGAAUGUCAUGCAGAUAAUCAUGAGAGACUUGAUUCAUUAAUUUAUGUGACUGAGAAUUGUUACAAUGUCUUAACAUUAGAUUGAAGCACUAUUUUGAUUGAUUUUAUUUUAACUUUUUUAAAGCUCCUGUGGUCACAUAGACCUAUCUGACCUGUUUAUAUUAUGAAGCAAAAGCACAGCAAGGUUGGUUUUCAUUAAAAAUAAAUGCAUUUUUUUUUUUCUCUGAGAGAUAACAUUCACAUACAUACAGAUACAUUCAGGUAUAUACAUAACUGAUGUGCUAUGCUUGUGUGUAUAUAUACACACCCUUGUUGCUUCAUACUUAUAUUGAUAUAUUUGCCUGAGAAAUAUGAUAAAACCUGAGAACUGAGAAAGUUAUUUUGUUCGUAUCCUGGUACACAGGAAACUAACCUAUUUUGGAAGUCAGGUUGAACGUUCAGAGAAGGCAUUUGCAUUUUUAACCUAUUGACUAUAUAUUUUUAUAAUUUAAAAUCCUCAGUUACUAUUUUUCUUAUAGAAUGUGAUGUGAUAUUUUUCUUGUUGUACAAAUACAUAAUUGAGUACAUUUUGCUUUCUUGUUUUGUUCCUUUUUCUUUUAAAACAAUCUCUUCUGAGAUGCUACACUUUUCCCUAAAUGCCUUUUUCUGCACUUCUAAAAAAUUAAGUGAAAAAGCAAAACAAAACCAUCUCAUUUUUUACAAACUUUCCCAAUAAAUGAAAUUUUAUACUGUGCUGCACUGAUCCUUGAAGCUGUAACCAAAUUGCUGGCAAUUGUAGUUGGAGGAAGAAAACAAACAAGUUUCUAUAGGACGGGAAAAACAUGGUUUUAAGUGGAAAGUACCUUAUUAUAGAAGUUCAAAGCUAUUGGGGCCUAAUACAAAAAUUGUAAUAAGUUAAUGUUACAGGUUAAUAUUGCAAUUUCUUGUUGAUAUAUACAUUGAAUAAGUAUACUUCCAUUUUGAAUUUUUCAUAAAAUGGGUGUGAACUGUGUUUGUGUAACUUAAAUUUUUUGAAAGGGCUCAAUACUUGUAAUCUGUUUUCUGUCAGAUUUACUAGUUUUUGUGCUCAAAUAUAUGAUGUAGCUUUUAA